UGAUUGAUCUGAUGAACAGUUUCAACCAAUAGUAGUGAUUGACUAAUUCUGACACUUAUUACAGACAUACACAAAUUAUACAAAAAUUGAAAGAAGUGUAGAUUUUCUCAGUUCUCACAUGUCUUGGAUGCUAUUCACAUUUAAGUGAUUACCAGUAUUAUUAUUAUUUACUAUCUAUUGAAUUUUACAAAUGAUCCAUGUCUGUGUAUACGCAUAAACCUCCAGCAUCUAAUAAGCUUGGCUUAAAGUUGGACUUAUUAACAUCAAAUUCAGAUGAUGUCAGUAGAAGUGAAAAAGACUCGAAUUCUGGUUUAUCCAGUUUAACUUCAUCGUUAAAUAAUCUUGAAUCGAACAAGUAUUCCAAUGCACUAGUGUCCAAUCGUAAGGCAUUAAUGCGUCCUGAUUAUAAAACACAACAGCAACAGCAGCAUAGUGGUAGUGGGAAAUCCAACCUGCAAGAGAAACGUUUAAAUUUUCCACUAUCAGAUUUUAUUCACUUGGAUAAAUAUUCAAAAAUAUAUACUAACAAAAACAACAAGAACAACAUCAACAGCAGCAGUAACUACCGUAAUACAGUCGAUUGCAAUACAUCAUUUCAUAUAAAAUUACCAGAAAGGCACGAUUUCACUGCAUCCACAGCAUCAUUGAUUGUACAUGUGCCUAGUUUAUCUUAUGUCAGUGAACAAAUCGACGAUGAUCGAUCAGAUAAUGAUUUCCUGCGCUCCGAUGUAAGUGAUAAUAAUCAUCGUAGUCGAAAUUGUCCAAUCUGUAAUAUUCUGUACACAGAUUUACAACAACAAAUUGAUGAAGUUCAGGAUAAAAGAUUUCUUAGCUUAUCAGCAAUCAAUGUAAAUACUGACACUGGUAGUAUUACUAAUAAUGAAAACAUUAGCAUAAACUGCAGUAUUAAUAGUAACAAUAACAUUAGUAAUAACGUGAAUACAUCAAGACUAUGGGAUAUACUUGAAUCGUUCUCAGCGAAUUCUCCAAGAAAUUUCUGCUAUUUUCAUCAGCACCUAAGCAAACGCUUCAGUGCAUCCAAACAUAUCAGUCAUAAUAAACCUGAUGUCAAUCUAACGACAUCACUUAGUUUACCGUGUUUAACCAGUCUAGACGAGAGCAGUAUGAUGAUAACGUCAACUGAGUUUGAAAAUAAUAAUAUUAAUAACAAUCAUAUGUCUUAUAAUUUAUCAUAUAAUAAACGCCUUGAGAAUACUCCGUCGAUAUCGAUUGAAAAUGCUGAUCAAGCGGUGACCAAGGGCAACAAUGAUGAUGUUGAUAAUAGUGAUAUUGAUGCUGACAGAAAUACUGAACAAAACGCUACCACCUCGAAAAUGUCAAAUGAAACAGUAAGUAAGUGUGAAUCAUGGUUGAAAACAUGGUCAAAUUCUUAAAGCUUUGUCUGUCUGUUUGUUCGUCAUUUAGCACCUAUUUACUCGACUGAUAAUAAUAAUUUUGCCAUAUUUUGAGAAGAGACCAGCAGUAAUAAUAGUAGUAUCGAUUGAUGAGAUUAUUGUCCACCAGUCAGUCUAAACCGUGUCUAGUUAUCCAGAAGAGAUGAAUUACUUCAUAUUCUAUGUUUUUGCGGAGUGUAUAUGUUUAGUUUAUUUGUGUACGUCUGUAAUUUCUAUCGAUUUGUCACUUUGAAUUUUUGUUCUUUUAAUAUUAUGUGUGCUUCUCUGUUGUUCUGUUUCUCUGACAUGACCGGUUCUUUUAAAAUCGUCUGUCUGUUUUCCUGACAUUUAUUUGAUGAUCAUUGAGGGUACAACGAAAGAUCGUCCGAUCAAACUGGAUCUAAACUAAUUUAAUUUUUCUGAUUUCGGUAUUCAUAAUGACCCCACCCCACCCCACCCCCGAACAUCUCUUCUUCCGUUUCUUUUUUAAAACAUUUAUUUUCGUGAUUGUUUGCUUUUCCUUCUAUCUAUUUUUAAGUUUGCAUUCCUGCCAAACUAUAAAUUAAAACUUGUGUAAAGUGGUUCUUUUUUUCCUGCAGACUGACUGAAAGACAAUUUGAUUGCAGUUUUUUUGUUGCUGUUUUUGCUGUUGUCCUCGUUGUUAUUGUCGUUGUUGUUGUUGUUGUUGGUAUUGCUUUUUGUAUUAAAUUUUCACUUGAAACUGAAUGCCUUUCUUUUUCAACCAGAAGAGGAAAAAACGCUCCACUAGUUAAUUUUAGUUGUUUGCAGGAAUUAAUUUAUUGAUUUCGAAUACGAAUAAAGUUAGGAGACACUGUCAGUUAGAGAGUACAAUGAAAUCUAUCCGGAAAUGAAUAAAUCGAAUCUUUGUAAACCUAAUGAUACAUUUGCUUUAUUCUCUCUCUGAAUCUAUCAAUAAGAUGUUUUGUUCUAAGAAGCCAAUCGAAUUACUUAUUAGUGCAACUUGUAACAAAGAACAACGCACAGUCGACCAUCAGCGGACUAGAAAUCAUAGGGUACUAGAUUGUAGCUCAUCAGCUGGACAAAAAUGUGUUGAUCUGAAGGCGUGAUUUUCUUGGACUCAGCAUUUCAUACGGUCGCGUAUUUAUACUGCUGCCCAGCGGUAAACUGAAAUUAAACGCGUGUUUAAAACUCCGCUUUCCCCACAGAUAUUCGCCUUUAUUCUAUUC